GUCUGUUGACCUGUCAAACUAAACCUAUCCUGGGGCGACGGAGGCAAUGGACUUCACGAGAUUUUACGGUACUCUUCCUACGGGGCUGGGCAAACCUUCCACUGCCAGCGAACGGUGUUUAACGGGCUUAUAUCGUCAUACAAUUCUGGGUCCGAAAUGUACGAGUAGAAGGGCCAUGCAAUAUUCCUGCAAGGGUUUUCUGAGGCCUUGGGGAUCGGCUGGGCAAAGGGCUGCAUGCAUUGGGGAGCGGAGAGCCUAAUAGGGUACCCGUGGCAACAUACUGUACUUGUACAGGGAAAUGUAUCUUUCUGUGCUAUGUGGCUUGUGCCUGGCUGACGCUGCGGUGGCAGAAAACCGUUACCAACAGAUACCGCUGCUCCGCACCAUCCUCCCCCCCGAGCCUUCUAAACACUGUACUCUCGAAAGGACACAUUGUACAGCAACUCCCACGUGCCCGGUAAGUCACUCGGGUCUUGGGCGGAGUGAGGUGCGGUGUCCAUCGGGCCUUGAACCACAUCAUCCGACCCGCUUAAUCGGAAUCAUCAAACUUCUCGCACGUUCUUGCACACCCGCCAGGAUCACACACCAUGGUAGUAGCCCGGCUAGCGAUGGCCUUCGAUCUGUCAUACUAUGAUUUGGCUCCACCCCUGGUGCCCGUUUCCUCUUCUGCCCAAAACCGCGAGCAGAUUCAAAUCUACCAGAUCGGGGCCCCUGCGGAGCCGCCAGACAGCGCUUGUGACAAAGCAUCACUAAUGGCCGUACCUCGUAUUGGGAUAUCUUCCCAGCGCUCAAGGAUACCAACACCAAGGCAUCCACAAUUCUAGGCUUAUCGACGAUUUGCUCGCGUGUUCUAUUAGCCCGUGGUGAGGCGAGAGGUGUAUCGGCUUCCAUUGGCUCAUUUCAACGAGAUCCCCCGUUUGUGGGAACCUCGAUCUCGAGCAGUAUGUCAUGUGCUCAGAUAUGGUGCAGCUGCCGCCCUACACCCGGUGGCACCGUUCUCUCUUGCGUACUCCGGUUCAUAUAUCGCAAGGUCAUGCCGGGAAUCUCGAAGGAGCGGAACACUUGCACCAACCCCAGGGUAGGAACUCCUCCAUACACGGGAUACGCCGUGCACUGUUCCCUGAGGAUUCAUUGAUGAACUGAAUUGCGGGAGUAUCUGUUUCUUCAGUCCUUUUAGAACUCCCUGCAGGUUACUCGCCGAAAGUCGGAGCGCUAGACAUGCCUUAGUUGCAAUAACGGGGCUAAUUUGUUGGAUUUCCUAGGAUCUUGGUAAUUGCUUUUUGAACAUUGCGAUGGUAGCCUGGUAUUAUCGCAAUGCCGGCCCUGUCGGUGACAAAGUCGCUCUCACGAGUCCUUUGAUCGGGUGGUUUCGGGAUUCUAUUUAUAACAUCUUAUUUCAACGAAUUAAGCUUCAACCAUUGUGGUCCGAUGCCUGGUUUGUUUACCUGGAGUUGUGCUUCUAGGAUUGCAGGCAGGGAUAGCCCCGCGACCGGAACCCGGAUCUAGACGUCUUGCAUCGCUGGUUACGUACGCAGCAGUCACUAUAAUCUCGACCCCGGGGUAUUCGUCACGGCAUCGGAGAGCGGAAUUCCCCGCCUACGGGCUUUUAAUCUCGGCAUAUGACCGAUCACCGCCGAUAUCAGGCCUGUCCGGCGCAGUCUUUGGAAUAGCAUUUUCCAAAGACCCGCCUCUGUCGCCAUUCAACUGGUUCGGUAGGAUUAUGAUAGAGGACGGUGCGCCAAGAAAUGGGCAGGAAGGCGUCCAGGAUGUUUCGUCCGGGGUGACAGGUCGCAAUCUUGCUGAUUCACCUACGGUACUCGAGUAGAGGCUUGUGGUACUGUACUGUACUCGGGCACGGCAUGGGUUGUGGGGGGCGACCAACGAGAUACCGAUCCGCUGAUCUGUUUUGGGAAAGUUGAUAGAUUAAAGUGUCAGCCUUGGCCGGGGUGAAAAUUUCCACGAUAGUUGGCGCUGGAGAUAGAAUCCGGUGAUAAGCCCUUUUUUUUUUUUUUUACCUAUAUUAUGGCAGGGGUACGGUACGAGUACCGGAAGUCUCUCGUCGGGGGGCAUUUUCGUGUAGGAGGAAUUGCUCGCUGUUGAUCCCUGUGAGUCGCCCGCCUGGCGAGGUGGGGGCUGUGAGCCUCAGUUAGCGACCUGUAGCCUUACUUGCCGUUUUCAAAAGUAUCCAGAAAUCGGGCAAAUGGCUUGGCAGCAUGGACGACCGCAUUAUUUCCUUCAUUGGGUACAAGAGUGAGUAGAAAAAUGCGGCAGAGCAUCUGACGGUGCUCCUCGAGAAUUUGCCCUACUUUACCAUCCUGAUUCUUCCAGUUGUAUUCGAGUACAUAGUUAAACCGAGGGGACGAUAACCGCCGAGCCGGGCCCGGUUUCCGGAUGCUUUUGAGAGCGGCGAGCAGUCUGGUGUCGGGAUCGACGUGGAGCCACCGUGCGUUCCUUCCUUCCUUUGUGAAACAGUGGUAGGUUGAUGGGCCGCUCUUGGCGCUUAUUCAUGCUCAAAAUGGCAAAAGUUUUCCCUGUCCUCUAAAUGAGGCUGGUCGAACCACGGCUUCAGCGCUAUCGGACCGGUAAUUCAUCUACCGUACUCGGGCACACUCGCUUGAUAUCUAGCCUUGUUGGCGCUUUGCGAGGAGAAUUUGUGCUAGGCAUGGCACACUGCCCCGGCAAAACACGGACGAUACCAGGCACAGCGAAGUUUUGGCGAAAAAAAAAAGAGAGAGAAACAAAGGGGAGGACAAAACGAGAACAACUUUUGGCAAGCCAUUAUCAGAGCGGGAUGCGCUGCCGGUGGAAGCCGUAGCUGACAAUUGAAUUGUGCCAAAUGGCGAACUGGUUCAUCUCUCCAUGACACCUAGUCUACAUGUAGACUCAGGCAUCUUUUUGUGGCGUACCGUAUUAUCAUGCGAUUCGCUAUCUCCGUUCCGCCCCUAAUCUCCAUCUUCAGAGACAGAAGGACUGAAGAAGGCUUAGCGCUUUCCUGACACGGUAUAGCCUACCGGUAAGUUACUUGGCGUAUCGGAUCACGUCAACUGGAUUCCACCAUUCGGUUAACUGACAGAGCCAAACCCAUACCGGUAUUGGAAUGGUGUCGCGGUUGGCAGGGAUAUUCAUGACAUGGCGGAGGUGGCGAAUCCCAAGAGUCAACACGGCACCGGGCAGAUUGGGAAGCACAAUGCAACUUUAUUAUCGUCCAUAAUGGCAAUGUCAGACAGAACAUGCCUGUUCAGGCACACCUGACAGAACUCUCGAGUAUGAGAAAUCUCUGCUUUUC